GAGAGGCAGAGGGGAAAACCAGGGAUAGAGGGAGACAGGGAGAGGGGGGAACCAUGGGUAGAGAGAAAGGGAAGGACAAAAGUUGAAUGUUGACAGAGGGAGUGUGGAUAUUAAUCGGGAGAUAAACAAAAAGGAGGAGAGAGAGAGGGGGGGAAAAAAGAAAGAAAAAAACAAAUAGAUACACAUUGACAGAGUGGACUGGACUUCAAUGAAGCACUGACAUCAGCAAAAUAAAGGGGGAGAAAGGAGGUCACUGCAGUCCAAAGUAGGUACUGUGCACUGUAGUUCCUUAAGCACGUUUACUAUGAAACAGGAGUUAGGACACGCAAAGACAGACAGACAGACGUUCACUACACGAUUGAACCAUGUUGCUGAAGGAGUAUAGAAUAUGCAUGCCACUAACUGUGGAAGAGUAUAAGAUUGGGCAGCUGUACAUGAUCAGUAAACACAGUAAUGAGCAGAGCGGAGGAGGGGAGGGAGUGGAGGUGGUGAGGAACCAACCAGACACACAUCCCCAACAUGGCCUGGGACAGCUCACUGAGAAACGCAUCUACCUCAAUAGUAAACUGCCAUCCUGGGUGAGUGUGUUUGUCCCCAGGGUCUUCUAUGUGACAGAGAAGGCCUGGAACUUCUACCCUUACACCAUCACAGAGUACUCAGUCUCCUUCCUUCCCAAGUUCAGUAUCCGUAUUGAGACCAGGUUUGAGAACAACAAUGGUGACAACAAUAAUGUAUUUGGAGACAGGCCCACCCCUGCAGAGAGCGUGAGCCACCUGGAUAUCCUUAUUGACCCCAUCCCUGACAAACACUACAAGGAGACAGAGGACCUGAGUCGCUGGGUGUCUGAGAAGACGGGCCGAGGCCCCCUGGUGGAAGGGUGGCGUAAGGACAGCACCCCCAUCAUGUGCUCCUAUAAGAGGGUGCAGUGCAGCUUUGAAGUCUACGGCUUCCAGGGAAAGACUGAGGACUUCAUACACAGGAACAUCCAGGACAUCCUACUGGUGGGGCACAGACAGGCUGUGGCCUGGACAGACGAAUGGCAUGGGAUGAGUUUGGAGGAUGUGAGAGAGUAUGAGCGACAGAUACAGGAACAGACCAACAGCAAACUAAAAUCAACCCAGAACAACAACACAGCUGCCCCUCGUCCGGCAUACUCGCGCUCUAUGUCCGUCACAGAUGAGCGCUCUCUGAAGAAGAUGGGAGUGAAGACUAUGGCCAUGUCAGACCCCUCCACCUCCACACUGCCUCAUAGCACUGUCCGCCUUAACUCCACCCCCGAGUAACACACACACGUUCAUACUGAUGCAUCAAUUCCUGCCUGCUUAAACCCCUCCCCUCCGUAAACCCCUCAGUAACUACACUGCAGCAGUUCCUUUUUGUUUUACGGCCAUCCACCACAGACACAUUUAACCAAUAACGCUACACUGUCCACAGAAGCAGCACUUAGACCACUCAGGUCCUACCCCUUUCUCCAGCUGUAACUAUAUAACCCAAUCCCCUGUCCUACCCCUUUCUCCAGCUGUAACUAUAUAACCCAACCCCCUGUCCUACCCCUUUCUCCAGCUGUAACUAUAUAACCCAACCCCCUGUCCUACCCCUUUCUCCAGCUGUAACUAUAUAACCCAAUCCCCUGUUUUUUAGUUUGCAUCCCAAUAUUACACUUUAUAUACAUGAAAGUAGACUGAAAUAUUACAAACUGUUUGACAUAGAAACACCAAUUUUUGGCAGGUAAAAAAAAAUUAUGAAAUUAUGAAUAACAUUCCACCCAUGAGGCCUCUAGGUAAUUUGACUGCAGGAAAGGGCUACUAGAGUGGAUAUAAUGGCAGGGGAGUGCCGUGGAUCCACAGAGCCCCCCCCCCCCCCAUCCCAUUGGUCAGACUGGGGUUAUUGAUCCGGUGUAUCGAGGCGCUGUAUUGGCUGCUUGAUCGUUCUGCUCCAUGCAGCAAAUGGCUGAAACGGGGCUAACCUUCACUGAGGAGUCAAUAGGAUGGCUGUUUUAAACAUGAUUAACUUCUGAUCUAUGGUAAUGGCUGCAACAUGACCUCUGUACAGGCUGUGGAAUAAUCUGACAUACAGGAUGAAUAUAAUUUAUAACUAGGUUUAUAUUGACACAUUAUACAUAUACUGUAUAUUUGGCUGUUUAGUCUAUUGUAAUGGAAGUCCAUUGUCAGCUAUGUACCUCUUGUAUGAAUGAAUGAAUAAAAGCCUUUAUCUCCUGUA